GAAGAAGCAGUAGGAGAGCUGGAGCUGGAGGUUUUCUGGCUUGGACAGUCGAUUUGAGAGAGUUAGCUGUGUUUAUCUUUAAAUCCUGAGAGAUACACAAAGUCAUGAUGCCAACAAGAGACUCCAGUAGCUGCCAAAAGACUUCCAGGACACCUGAUACUAUCACCAGUUCUUCAAAAAUGAAGACAGAUCUUCAUCCUUGCUCAGUUUGUGGGAAGAGUUUUAUUUCCCAGAGUAAGCUCCAAAUCCACGAGCGCAUUCACACAGGAGAGAAGCCAUUUAUUUGCACGCAAUGUGGAAAACGUUUUACUCAGAAGGGUGCUCUCAAAAUACAUCAACGAAUUCAUACAGGAGAGAAGCCAUAUCACUGCUCACAGUGUGGGAAGAGCUUUAAUCGACAGGAUACUCUAAGACAUCACCAACGCGUUCACACGGGAGAGAAGCCGUAUCAGUGCUCGCACUGUAGGAAGAGUUUUAAUCAAAUUAAUACUCUCCGAAGACACCAGCGCAUUCACACAGGAGAGAAACCGUUUUUGUGCGUCCAGUGUGGGAGACGUUUUACUCAGCAGGGUGUUCUCAAAACACAUCAACGAAUUCACACGGAAGAGAAGCCAUAUCAUUGCUUACAGUGCGGGAAGCAUUUCGCCGAUCUCGGUAAUUUCAAAGGACACCAACGAAUUCACACCGGAGAAAAACCAUUUAUGUGCUUCCAGUGUGGUAGAAGUUUUACUCAACGGAAUCACCUGAGCACACAUCAACGGCUUCACACAGGAGAGAAGCCGUAUCACUGCUCGCAAUGUGGGGAGCGUUUUAGAUUUAAGACGGCUCUCCAGGAACACCAGACUCUUCAUUCAGGACAGAGACUCUAUUAUUGCUCACAGUGUGGGAUGAGUUUUAACCGACUUGGGAAUUUUACACAACACCAACAAAUUCACACAGGAGAGAAACCGUUUAUCUGCUUGCAGUGCGGGAAAAGAUUUUCUCGUAAGGAUAAUCUCAAAACACACCAACGCGUCCAUACGGGAGAGAAGCCGUAUCACUGCUCACAGUGUGGAAAGAGUUUUGCUCACAUGAGUAACUUCCAACAACACCAUCGAAUACACACAGGUGAGAAACCAUAUCGCUGCCCACAGUGUGGAAAGAUGUUUUCUCACCCAAGUACUCUCAAAACGCACCAGCGGAUUCACAUGAGAGAGAGAAGCCAUGCGAGUCCUGCCGGCGUGGGAAGAGAAGUGAACUGAUCUCCAUUGACACCAGUGUGUUCACACCAACAAACAGCCUUAAAUCUGCUUACAUUGCGAACAGAGACUUACUUUUUGUAGUAACUUGAAGACACACAAGUGCAUCAGUGCAGAACCAUUAGCUUUUGAUUGAAAAUCUUUGCAAUCAUCUUGAUUUCCUUUUGUUGAAUAACUUACACUACCGUUCAAAAGUUUGGGGUCACUUUGAAAUGUCCUUAUUUUUGAAAGAAAAGCACUGUUCUUUUCAAUGAAGAUCACUUUAAACUAAUCAGAAAUCCACUCUAUACAUUGCUAAUGUGGUAAAUGACUAUUCUAGCUGCAAAUGUCUGGUUUUUGGUGCAAUAUCUCCAUAGGUGUAUAGAGGCCCAUUUCCAGCAACUCUCACUCCAGUGUACUAAUGGUACAAUGUGUUUGCUCAUUGCCUCAGAAGGCUCAGGGCCUCUGCAUGCUCUUGCGACAAGGCUUUUGCAGAUAGCUUUUCGCAGACAGUUGUAAUUUAUCGUUGAGCGGGGAGUAAUAGGCGUGCGCGAUGUUAUUCACCGCCAUAACGCAAUGGGGCGCGAAGUUGCGAAAUCGCUAGGAGUAGUUGGUGGGUGUGGUUAGUGGAGUGUUUAUCCUCCGGUUACUUAUAAUGACUAGAACUGGAGUCGUAUAGAUGUAUGUACUUCCUCGAUCAACCGCUCUUCGUGCUGCUCCAUCUUCGCUCGUGUUUUUAAAAAUGGCGGUAGUGAAAACAAACCAAACCUGGAAAGUAGGGAAGCGGAAGUGCGUGUACAGCGGAUGUAGCAUGGACCAAUCGGAGCCCUCUUGUCUGCGAGGCUUCUGCGGUGGUCACAAUUUUUGGAAGGGGGGGGGCUUUGCAGACGCCAUCUGCAACGCCAUCUGCGAGGACUGGGUUGUCAGCAUAAAUUGGUCUUAAUGGAUGAUUAGAAAACCCUCGUACAAUCAUGUUAGCACAGCUGAAAACAGUUUAGCUCUUUCGAGAAGCUAUAAAACUGACCUUCCUUUGAGCAGAUUGAGUUUCUGGAGCAUCACAUUUGUGGGGUCGAUUAAAUGCUCAAAACGGCCAGAAAAAUGUCUUGACUAGAUUUUCUAUUCAUUUUACAACUUAUGGUGGUAAAUAAGUGUGACUUUUCAUGGAAAACACAAGAUUGUUUGGGUGACCCAAAACUUUUGAACGGUAGUGUAACAAUAAGCACAUUUUAAUUAGUAGAUCUGCUGUCCUGAUUGUUUUUAAGUUCUUAGUAACUUUUCACAAAUUAAGUUAUUCAAAAAUUAGCUUAGAGCAGGGGUCACCAAACUACGGCCUGCGGGCCGUCACCCCCCUUUGACCGGCCCCCCAGCCCCUCUGCCCCCCACCACUUGAACCAGCCCUAUGAGGCAAUCCCCAAAAGUGGUCAUGGCCUAUUUUUUUUUUUAAAUUGCUUUUUGACAAAUAAUAACAUGUCUGCAUCUUGUAUUUUGUUGAUUUUAUCAAUUAAAAUUGAUAUUUAGUUAUAAAAUGAACUAUUCAUAUUUUCCGAAUUUUCGUCAUAUGCUCGCGAUCAAGCAGUGACAGGCAGCGCACGCGCAGAGAACUGUCAGUGUUCAGGACAGCAAAAUGGCGAGCGGUCAGCGAAAAGCUGACAGAGAGUGCAGAGUUUUUAAAGAACAGUGGACCACCGAUUAUUUUUUCGUUCAGUGUAAGGACCGUGCAGUUUGUCUUGUAUGUAAAGAAAGUGUGUCGGUUUUCAAAGAAUAUAAUCUGCGUCGUCACUACGAAACCCGCCACAAAGAGUAUGCUAGUUUGCGAAGGCAAACAAGAGAAGACAGGAUUCGGAGGAUGAAAUGCGGACUGGCCGCACAACAGAAUGUAUUCCUUCGCCAAACCCAGAUCAACCAGGCUGCUGUCCGAGCUAGCUAUAAGGUAGCUCACCUACUCGCCACCCAUGGAAAGCCGUUUACUGAUGGGGACUUUGUUAAAGUAUGCAUGCUUGCUGUGGCCGAGGAGGUGUGUCCCGACAAGAAGGAUGCGCUCGACGCGGCGAGUCUCUCCGCACCUACUAUGACCAGGCGAACCGAAGAUUUGGGGGACGACGUGUAUGACCAGCUGAAUGAGAAAGCGUCAGAAUUCGAGUUUUUUGCUUUGGCCAUGGAUGAGAGCAAUGACAUGCAGGACACAGCACAACUGCUGUGAUCUAUUGAUCUAUUGCUCAUAUUAUAAUUUCACUGUUUUUUUUAAUGUAUUUAUUUUAUAGGCCUAUUUAUUUGACCUUUUAUUAAGUGCUGCACACAAUUAUUAUUAAUAAUAUCAACAGGCCUACCUACAAUUUAUAAUUUUCCACUCACCUUUGCCAGUGUCAAUCACCUCAACUAGGCAGAUGUUUUUUACCUUGACAGCUUUGAUGUUAUUUUUAUUAGAAAAUAAAUAAAUGGAAUAUCUGUGGUAUUUCAAAUUAAAA